AUGGCUCCUCACAACGACGUCGAAGCCUUCCAUGAGGCCCUCCGCUCCAGUAAACGUAUCCUCGCCCUCUGCGGUGCUGGUCUCUCAGCUUCAUCCGGCCUUCCAACUUUCCGAGGUGCCGGUGGUCUUUGGAGGAACUACGAUGCUACUUCCCUUGCUACUCUUCGCGCUUUCAACAAUGACCCUGGUCUUGUCUGGAUGUUUUAUGGCUACAGACGUCAUAUGGCACUGCGUGCUCAGCCGAAUCCUGCGCAUUACGCUUUGGCGAAGCUUGCCGAGAAGAACGAGGACUUUCUGUGUUUGACCCAGAAUGUUGACAAUAUAUCCCCAAGAGCAAACCACCCACCAGAGCAACUUCGUACUCUGCAUGGCUCUCUGUUCGACAUUAAGUGCAACAACGAAAAUUGCUCGUGGAUCGAGCGAGACAACUACAAGGAUCCAUUCUUCCCUGCUAUAGCGCAGGCGUCCGAGGAUGUUGAGCCUGGUAAACCAUUUCCGCUUCUCGACGCCAACAGUCCUCUAGAACCAAUUCCCCGUGAUGAGAUCCCCAAAUGCCCCGAGUGCAAGACGGGCCUACAGAGACCUGGCGUUGUGUGGUUUGGAGAGAAUCUAGACGAGACCAUGAUAAUGGGCAUCACAAACUGGCUUUUGAAGGAUAAAGUUGAUUUGAUGCUUGUCAUCGGCACGUCGGCCCAAGUCUAUCCCGCUGCAGGCUACAUUGACAAGGCCAGGCGCAAAGGCGCCCGUAUCGCAGUCAUCAAUCCCGAGGCUGAGAAUGAGGAGGAGAUGUACAAGGUCAAGCCUGGCGAUUUUGCAUUUGGUCAGGAUGCUGCAGAGUAUCUACCUCUUCUUUUGGAGCCGGUCAUUGGGAAGCUUGACAAGGAGGAGAAUUGA